CUAUGAUGUGGCUGUUUCUAGCAACAGCUUGUUUGACUUGUGGAACUUUAAAUGCUGGUGGUUUCUUGGAUUUGGAAAAUGAAGUAAAUCCUGAAGUAUGGAUGAAUACUAGUGAAAUUAUCAAUUACAAUGGCUAUCCCAGUGAAGAGUAUGAUGUCACUACUGAAGAUGGAUAUAUACUUUCUAUCAACAGAAUUCCCUAUGGGAGAAGACACUUUGGGAACACAGGACCCCGGCCAGUUGUGUACAUGCAGCAUGCCUUGUUUGCAGACACUGCCUACUGGCUUGAGAAUUAUGCCAAUGGAAGCCUUGGAUUCAUUCUAGCAGAUGCAGGUUAUGAUGUAUGGAUGGGAAACAGUCGGGGGAAUACUUGGUCAAGAAGACACAAAACACUCUCAGCAAAUGAAGAGAAAUUCUGGGCCUUUAGUUUUGAUGAAAUGGCCAAAUACGAUUUACCAGGAAUAAUAGAUUUCAUUGUAAAUAAAACUGGUCAGGAGAAGUUGUAUUUCAUUGGGCAUUCACUUGGCACUACAAUAGGGUUUGUAGCCUUUUCCACCAUGCCUGAACUUGCACAAAGAAUCAAAAUGAAUUUUGCCUUGGGCCCUGUGAUCUCAUUCAAAUAUCCCACGAGCAUUUUUACCAGUUUUUUUCUACUUCCAAGUUCCAUAAUCAAGGCUAUGUUUGGUACCAAAGGUUUCUUUUUAGAAGAUAAGAAUGAGAAGAUACCUUCUACCAAAAUCUGUAACAAUAAAGUACUCUGGAUACUAUGUAGUGAAUUUAUGUCCUUAUGGGCUGGAUCCAAUAAGAAAAAUAUGAAUGUGAGCCGAAUGGAUGUAUAUAUGUCACAUGCUCCUACUGGAUCAUCAAUACAGAACAUCCUGCAUAUAAAACAGCUUUACCGAUCUGAUGAAUUCAGAGCUUAUGACUGGGGAAGUGAAGCCGAAAAUAUGCAUCACUACAAUGAGAGUCGUCCUCCAUUAUAUGAUCUGACUGCCAUGAAGGUGCCCACUGCUAUUUGGGCUGGCGGACAUGACAGCCUUGUAACACCCCAGGAUGUGGCCAGGAUACUCCCCCAAAUUAGAAAUCUUCGCUAUUUCAGACUUCUGCAAGAUUGGAACCACUUUGAUUUUGUCUGGGGCCUUGAUGCCCCUCAGAGGGUGUAUAGUAAAAUCAUAGCUUUGAUGAAGGAGCUUCUCUGAACGCAACGCAUCUGUUUUUCCAUUAAAAUUUGCUUCCAAGCCUGUAAGAGGCUUUAGGA